UUUUAAAGCUUAAAACCUUUUUAUAUACAAAAAUUUGCGUAAAAGGAAAUAACUAAAAUUAAAUCAACAAAACUAUUUGCUAACUAUGAUCUCGCUACGCAUAACCAAUUGGCUAACGAAAUCUCUGCUGAGAUCUCGAAAUGUGAAAAAAUUCCAACAAGUCUAUCAAAGGUGUUAUGCCGAUGAUUCGCGUGUGACGAAAGGUCUUGUGGUGGGAUUAUAUCAGAAGGAGGGCGAGAAGGAACCCAAGCUAACAUCGAGUGGAGAGAAAUUCGAUGAUCGUGUACAAGGAAAAGUGUCUGAAUUAAUCAAAGAGACGAACCUGAGUGGAACAUUAGGAAAGGGCAAAGUGUUCAAUAAUAUUGAUCAGGAGUUUCGGUCCAUAGCAGUGGUUGGCGUUGGGCGUGAAGGCGCUGGCUUCAAUGAGCUGGAAAUGUUGGACGAGGGCAUGGAAAACGUUCGAGUAGCAGCUGGUGUUGGUGCCCGUAGCCUACAGAUGCAAGGAUGUUCAGAGGUCUUCGUCGAUUCGAUGGAGUAUCCCGAACAGGCUGCUGAAGGUAGUGCUUUAGCGGUAUGGCGUUAUCAGGAUAAUAAAAGGAAAAAAGACCGAACAGGAAUCCCAAAACUGGAGUUGUACGACUCACCUGACAUAGACGCUUGGACGCGUGGUCUCUUUAAGGCUGAAGCGCAAAAUCUUGCACGGCGUCUAAGUGACGCUCCCGCUAAUCAAAUGACACCCACCACCUUCGCACAAGCGACUGUGGAUGCGUUGUGCCCUUGUGGUGUAACAGUAGAGAUUCGAACAAUGGAAUGGAUAGAACAACAACAUCUCAAUUCAUUUCUAAUGAUAGCAAAGGGUUCAUGUGAGCCGCCUGUGUUGCUAGAGAUCAGUUAUUGCGGCACAGCUCCAGAGGAAAAACCAAUAUUGUUAUUGGGCAAGGGUAUGACCUUUAAUAGUGGCGGUAUCUGCUUACGUAAAUGCCAAGGUAUGGAUGAGUAUCGUGGGGCCAUGGCAGGUGCGGCCGUUGUGGUUGCUUCCAUCCGCGCCGCCGCUGCUCUGUCGCUACCUAUCAACAUUUCUGCUGUCAUACCUCUUUGCGAGAAUAUGCCUUCGGGUAUGGCCUGCAAACCAGGUGACGUAGUUACGUUGCUCAAUGGCAAAUCAUUGGCAAUAAGAGAUACGGAUAAAGCUGGUGUUGUCGUGAUGGCUGAUCCUUUGAUCUAUGCACAAACCACAUAUAAGCCACGACUAGUUGUCGAUGUAGCUACUCUUGGUAGAGGCGUUAAAAAAGCUUUAGGCGGUGGCGCAACAGGCAUUUUUUCAAACUCUCACUACAUUUGGAAACAAUUUCAAAAGGCUGGCUCUCUUACAGGCGAUCGCAUGUGGCGUUUACCACUUUGGAACUACUACAAAUACUUGGUCACAAAUAAUGUUAGUUAUGACAUCAGUAAUAACGGUAAGGGGCCAGCUUCGUCUUGCCUAGCGGCUGCAAUUCUGCAUCAAUUUGUUCCUUGCGUUGACUGGGCCCAUUUAGAUAUACGAGGCGUUGGUAUGCUGACAAAAUUUGGUACCGUACCGUAUUUGCUGAAAGAUCGUAUGACGGGACGCCCAACCCGAACGAUGAUACAAUUCUUAUAUCAAAUGGCCUGUCCAGACCAGCAGAAGUAGUAGUAGAAGUAAACGAUCGAUAGCUUAUUAUUUCUAGUUGCCCAUGCCUGCCUGAUACUCCUAAAAGGCCCUCGAAGAUGAAGUGUAUUUGUAUGUUAAGAUGUGUAGUACUGUCCUGAGGUCAAAAUUUUUGCUGUGUUUUAAUUGUUUCCUUAAUGAUUCUAAAUGGCGAUGUUUAUAUAUUUUUGAUUAUUUCUAUGACAUGUUCUA